AUGGCCUGGGAAGGUAAGUACUUUCUCAGAUACGGUUUGAGGGCAGUGUCUGUACAGUAUGCUUGGGCACCGUCUGCGAUGUUUUCAGGCUCUGAAAACGCCCGCAGUGUCCUCGAUGGCACAGUCUUACAGUACGAAUCAGAAGCCCGCGAUAUGGAUAGCUCAGGUAUCCCUUAG